AUGUCCAUUCCCAUAAUCUUUCAGAUCCUCCUAAUUUUUCCGUAUUUUGGUAAAUAUUACUGUCUACCUAUUGAAGAGGACGAUGAUAAAUCAGGAAAAGAAAUCGAACAAAUUUUGGACAGUAACAUCGAGUCAUUAGGACUACUGCUUAAUACAAUAACCUUAUCCUCGAACUUUACUACAGGCGAUCCUGAACUAGAUUCGCUCUUCCAAGAUGAUUUAAUCCCCGAGUUAUAUAGUGUUUUAGAUGAUUUGUAA